AUGACCCUCCUUAAACGGGCUCGGAUAGUCCCGAGCUGGGAAUCCAUUGCACAUAUGCCCUUGAAGAUUCGAUCUCCAUCGCUGUCAUCGCCCAUUAUAUCCUCCAUCAGAACUUUCCGGAUGAGCGUAAAGUCAUGUUUACAAGAGAAACCGCGCGUACUCCCACUCAGUGGCUUUAAAACAAUCGAGGCAGAUGAACUAGUCGAAGAGGAAGAAUUACCCGGCUAUCAGGCCAGCCAUUUCUAUCCUGUACAUCUGGGUCAGGUUUUUCAGGACCGUUAUCAGGUCCUGGCAAAGUUUGGUUUUGGUACUUCAUCAACAACAUGGCUGGCGCGGGACCUACAAGAUCAUACAUAUGUUGCACUAAAGGUCUAUGUACACCCAUCAUUGGUUCAUCGUGAGCUGCCUAUCUACAAGCAUCUAGCUCCACAUCUCAAUAAGAACCUACAUCGCGGACAGCAUAAUAUCCGUCGAUUACUAGACUCGUUCAAAAUUAGCGGUCCUGAUGGAAACCAUGUUGUUCUUGUCUUUGAUCCUGCACAAAUGAGCCUUCGUGACAUGCGCCUAGUAUUUUUUCCUGAUGGAUUUGCACAGAAUUUUGUUCGGGGUGCCAUUAUUGAGCUUCUGAAGGCUCUAGAUUUUUUGCAUAGCCAUGGAGAAGUUGUUCAUACCGAUGUACAUCCUGGAAACCUGCUUUUGGGUGUUUAUGAUAACACCUUGAUGCAAAAGCUUGAAAAAACGGAAUUUUCAGCUCCAGUUCGACGCAAACCGAUCUCUCCCACCCGAACUAUAUAUCUCUCUCGUCUGGUACGGCCCGAUGUUGGGCCUAUGCUACUCUCUGACUUUGGCGAAGCCAGGAUUGGCCCAGGGCCACAUUCUGGUGACAUCAUGCCUCUGGAAUAUCGGGCUCCGGAAACUCUUUUUUGUAUAGACUGGAACUAUCCUGUUGAUAUCUGGAGUGUUGGCCUUACUGCGUGGGACCUCUUUGAAUCAAAAAGACUCUUUACAGCCCGUGAUGAAGAUGGUGAUUUGUAUGACGCUGCUCAUUUUGCUCAGCUGAUCGCUGCUUUGGGCCCGCCACCACCUGAAUUUCUGGCCAAAAACCCGGAACGGAGAGCAGACUUUUGGGAUGAGGAAGGUCGCUGGCUAGGCCUUGCGCCUAUACCUGAAGGCCGAACACUAGAGGCUCUUGAAACCAAACUGGAUGAUAAAUCAGGGUUCCUUAAAUUCAUCCGGAAAGCCCUCACCUGGAUGCCUGAGCAACGAGCAACGGUUAAAGAGCUUUUGGAGGACCCUUGGCUACUUGGGGACGAUAGAACCAAAAGCAGUUAG